GUUGGCAGCAGUGCCUGAAAAGCGGUGGAAAAUACCCUAGCGAUUUUGGAUUUAUUUUGUUUAUUUAAACAAUUGUAAGAGGCGAUUAUAUCACAUUUGCACAUUCGUAGUUUAUUUGCUGCUGUUUUUUAUCUUCAGGAUCCAGCAUGGCUUUAUGUUUACCUGCAGUCGCUGAACAGCUUUUGAAGGACCUCCAAAAGACGUACGCAGAGAAAUCUGAAAUCCCUGAUGACCUAUUAAUAGCGUUGCGCUUUGUCUUCGGUCCCUGCACCCUUCAGGCCUUGGACCUGGUGGAUCGCCGUGCCGUAACACUCGUCUUCUCUCCAAGUGGACGUGAAGCGUUCCAGGUAACCGGUGGAUCAGGACGCUUGUACACCUGCUACACAUCGUGCCAUUAUUGCCCCUGUCCGGCCUUCUCUUUUUCUGUGCUCAGGAGAAAUGAAAGUCUGGUGUGUAAGCACAUCUUGGCAGCCUACUUGUGCCAGGCCAUGGGUGUGUGCCAGCAGGAGCAGGUCUCGGAUAAGCGCGUGACCCUCGUCCUCUCAGGAAGAGCCGAGCCGGAUUCGUAAAGCAGCCAUGGUGGAGGAGAACAUUGAGAUGCAGCUCAGCUCUGCUGUCAAGUGGAGAAGCUGAAUGAACUGGUUCGAUGGGAUUCCGUCGUGAAUCUGGGCCCCCGGAUACGGGACGUUCGGAGGUGCUGCGAUUCCACCGGGGGGUCGUUUCACACAGUUUUUUUUUUAUAUUCAGUUGCAAUAUUUCAGGCUACUCAAAUCCUGCAGUCUGAUAUGAAGCUUAAAGGGUUCGUACUGAAUAGUACUGGUCAGCAAUGGUAUUUUCUGAAAUAAAAGCAUUUAUAAAUGAGGUUUCACUCCUUUCUCACACUCUCCUUUCCAGAACACAAAACGAAACACCAUGUGAUCUGAUGUGUGUGUGUGUGUGUGUGGCUAAUUCAAUAGGCUGCCAACAACUGUCCGUGUUGUAGAUGGAGACACCCCUGCUAAGCUUCCUUUUAUUCACAAGCUCGUCACCCUGAACGACAGACAGUUCAGAUUUUAGUAUUUUAGGAUUUAUAGGAAUCAUUUCUAUCUGAAUCGUUUCUGAUCAGCCAGGAAUCAUUUUGUUGUGGCUUUGCAAAUCAUUCAGCCAGAAAAUAGAGCGUAAAAAAAUUAGCAGUGACUCAAAUAGGAGUCACUCUGUAAAGUGCCCUUUUUUCCUCUAUCGUGCCCCUUUUCCCCCCUAUACAGUGCCUUUCCCUCCUGUUAUAUGCCCUUUUCCCCCUAUACAGUGUACUUUUUUUUCCAGUGUUUGUCUUUUGUUAUUUAAAUAAAGUUUCGAAAGAAUUAA